AUGGCUUUCUCUUCCAUUCUCCAGCUCACGCUCUGUUUCCUCUGCUUUAGCGUUUUCUACUACUACCACAUCAAAUCAAAGAGGAAGAACCCUGCCAUCCCAGUGUGUUGGCCGUUGGUGGGCAUGCUCCCUGAUCUUCUCGUCAACCGUCACCAGCUCCAUGACUGGAUCACCUCGUUUCUCACCGCCUCCCAGCUCAAUUUUCGGUUUAUCGGCCCAACGAUGUCGUCCAACAUGCGGUUCUUCUUCACCUGCGACUCGGCCAAUGUCCGGCACAUCUUCACCUCCAACUUCGCAAAUUACCCCAAGGGACCCGAUUUCGCCGAGAUCUUUGAUGACACCUUAGGUGAUGGCAUCUUCAACGUGGACGGCGACUCGUGGCGCCGGCAGCGAGCCAAGACCCAGCUUCUCAUGUACAACCACCGAUUCCAGUCUUUCGUGUCCCGGUGCAGCAGUGACAAAGUGGAGAAUGCGCUGCUUCCGCUGCUAUCCCAUUUCGCGGGAACGGGGGAGAGAUGCAACCUGCAGGACGUGUUCAUGAGGCUGACAUUUGACAUGUCGACCAUGCUGGCGUCCGGCGAAGACCCUGGGUGCCUUGCGAUCAGCUUGCCCAUGCCCAAGGUGCCUUUCGUGCGCGCGGUGGAUUACACGACGCGUGUGCUCCUUGUCCGUCACAUCAUCCCGCUGUCAUUGUGGAAGUUGGCGCGAAGGCUAGGAGUUGGAUUUGAGCGGAAAAUGGCAGAGGCAUUGCGCACCAUUAAUCAGUUCAUAUACGAGACGAUCGUGAAGCGGCGGGCAAAGAAAGCAAACGAAGGGAUCGAGGACUCGGAGGAUCUGCUAUCGUCCUACCUCAAGGACGACGACGAGAACGCGGACACCUUUCUCCGUGACACGACCAUGACCCUCAUUGCUGCCGGCCGCGACACGAUAGGCUCGGCACUAUCAUGGUUCUUCUACCUCCUCACCAAGAACCCUCAUGUGGCGUCCAAGAUCCUAGAGGAGCUUGACUCCGUCGAGCGCGCCACCACCACCCCGGACGGCAUGGUGACCUUCGACCCGGACGAGCUCAAGUCACUCGUGUACCUGCACGCCGCCGUGUGCGAGUCGCUUAGGCUCUACCCACCUGUUCCGCUGGACCACAAAGGCGUGGUUGCCGCCGACGUGAUGCCGAGCGGGCACAAGGUGCGCCCUGGUGACAAGAUCGUGGUGUCCAUCUAUGCGAUGGGUAGGACGGAGUCCGUGUGGGGCAGCGACUGCAUGGAGUUCAGGCCGGAGCGGUGGAUCUCCGACGACGGCAAGCUGCGGUACGUGCCGUCGUACAAGUUCACGCCCUUCAUCACGGGGCCUCGGACCUGCCUAGGCAAGGACAUGGCGUUAGUGCAGCUCAAGGUCGUGGCGGCUACUGUGGUGAAGAACUUCGAGAUCGAGGCCGUGCCAGGACAUAUCGUGGAGCCCAAGCUGUCCAUGGUUCUCCACAUGAAGAAUGGCUUAAUGGUCAGGGUUAAGAGAAGGUAG